AUGUCUGGAACCAAUCCAAAUGAGCUGGAAGGCGAUCCUUAUCGACACACAUGCCUCGUCCCCUACGUGGACCCUGACACGGCACCUCCAAAUAUCCAAGAAAGACUCAAAGUGCUGCCCUUUCGACGCAAUAUUCUCCUAACGUUAGCUCACUCACACGGUUUAUUUCCUCAUAUCAGCGGUCUACUUGGUGCUUGUUUUGACGGAAGCCAGCGCAGUAUUCCAGUGCAUGAGUGGCAAUUGAUAGUGUUACGCGUCGGUACUAUUCUCCAGGCGAAGUAUGAGAUCGACGUCAAUAAGCCCGUGGCCGAGGUCUUCGGGUUUCCUCAAGAGAAGUUUGACGCCAUCGGAUGCUGUAUUGAGGAUGUGAUGAGAGGUCAGGGGCCAUGGAGUGAUCGAGAUAGGGUAAUUCUCCGCAUGACCGAAGAACAGUUGAGCACCUAUGACAAUAAGCCGGAAACAAUUGAGGAUGCUUUGAAGUCGCUGUCAGUUGGGGAUGUGGUAGAGGUUCUAUUGAUCAUUGGUGUGUACGCCGCGUUGGCCCGAGUGAUAAAAGGUCUCAAAGUCGACGAAGACGAACCGAUUCCCGAUCUAAAGGAAAAGAUCAAGACUGCAAUCACCGGAUGAAGCAUGCAUUCGGUGGAUCGUCUUAAGAGGUCAUUAUAAGGUUUUCAGACAAAUAGAUAAAAG